AUGAAGCAGCUGAUCGCAGUUUCAUGUCUUAUUUCAGUUCCCUCCUGGCGUGACAAUGCUCACGCGCUCGAUCCUGUCUUGGACAGCAUUGAAUCUACUCUUACGGAUUUGGCAUCGAACAGCCGAUACAAUACCACAUCUUUCUCCGUCGAAGUCACGUCGCAGACGGAAACGUUAUGGACGUAUUACCAUACUGCUCGUGAGCACAACGAAACCCGCCCUGGGACUACUCAUGUCAGCGGUCAAAGCCAGUACCGCAUAGCAUCCAUGACCAAGACCUUUACUGUCCUUGGAAUCCUGUAUCAGCAUGCUGCUGGGAAUCUCAGCUUAGACAGCCCUGUGAACCAGUAUAUCCCCGAGCUAUCUGUUCCUGACAGUGGUUCCAUACCAUGGAAAGAUAUCACUCUUCGCAGCCUAGCCAGUCAACUGUCUGGCAUACCCCGCGAGAUGGACCAGGCUGACAUCUUCAGCGAGGUCUCUGAUCCUACCAAGCUGGGCCUACCACCGGUGGAUACAAAAGGUCUGCCGGACUGCUACGAGUACAACGACCAUAAACCCUGUAAUCGCACACAGCUACUAGAAUACUUCUUGAAGAAACAACCACUAUUUGCGCCGAACCAGAAGAGCACUUAUAGUAAUGUCGCCUUCGAGCUUCUUGGCCUCGUUCUGCAGAACGUCACUGGCUUGCCAUAUGAGGAGUACAUGGAUCUAGCAAUCUUCAAGCCCUUGAACAUGUCAUCGACUACUCUCAGCAAGCCUUCAGAUGAGAAUGCUGUCUUGCCAGUGGGGGGGUACUUCUGGGAUGUAGAUGAGGGGAUUCACAAUCCUACGGGAGGGAUUUACAGCAGUUCCACUGACAUGAGCGCUUACUGCCGCUACGUCUUGACUCAUUACAACGCACUUGCCACUGGAGUCAAUUGGUUCAUGCCAGCAAGCUGGGGCACAAAUCUGCAGAACUUCUACGGAAUGCCUUGGGAGAUCUUUCGAACGGUCCAGAUCCUUGAGGAGACCAUGAGGCCAGUGACCUUUGUAACGAAGGCAGGAGGUGUGCCAAUGUACUUUUCCCGCAUAUCACUGAUGCCAGAGUAUGGUCUUGGUCUCACCAUCCUCGUGGGUGGAAGCAACCUUAUCCUCGAACAGAUCCAAGAAGCUGUCAGCGUGCCACUCGUCCGCGCCGCAGAAGCUGCAAUUUGGGAUGAUGUGGAGUCUGCAUACACAGGCUCAUACACUGCCAUUGAGCCACCGCAUCUGAACUCAUCUGUCACAUUUGCGGCACAUUCGUCGCUAGGGUUGACCCUGGAGACCUUCAUCUCGAAUUCUACGGACGUCUUCGACACUCUUCUACCAGCGUUUGCUGGCGUGAAGUCUGGCGAAUCCUGGCAUGCACAACUUCAGCCGACCCUGCUCUACAAGAACGAAACCACACAAGGAGGAGAGAUCUGGCGAUUGUUAAUCGUCUCAGAACGAACUGGGAAGGAAAAAGUAUGGGACGACUUCUGCAACACGGAUGUUGAUGUGGCGAGUUAUGCCGGUCUGCCGAUCAACGAGGUGGUGUUCUGGCAUGACGAGAAGGUGGUCGAGCUGCCGGCUUGGAGGGUGAAGCUGAGGCGUGACGAUAACGAGGUCAAAGAUCUUGAGAAGCUUGUCGUCCAGAAUUGA